UCGAAGAGGGUGCUAAAAGCGGAUCAUGACGUCUCAUUCUUCUCUCCGCUUUUGAAAUGUCACCCUAUCGCUAUAGUCAUAUGAUCUGACAUCAUCAGAUAGUGAACGAUAGCGAAGUGUCAAGUCGCCAAAACAUAUCAAUCUUAUCAUAUAUUACGUAGGAAACACAAUGACACACGUGGCCGUAGUAACAGGUGCAAACAAGGGUAUCGGUUAUGCUAUUGUCAGAUCCCUUUGUCAACAAUACGAUGGGAAUGUUUACUUAACGGCUCGCGAUGUUACUCGUGGCUUGAAUGCUGUCAGUGAAUUGGAGAAACAAGGGUUGAAACCGAAAUUCCAUCAAUUAGAUAUCAGCGAUGAUGAGAGCGUCACGAAAUUCCGGGAUUACUUGAAGAACACAUAUGGCGGUUUGGAUGUAUUAAUUAACAACGCUGCCAUAGCAUUUAACGUAGAUGAUACUACGCCUUUUGGGACUCAAGCUGAAGAAACAAUAAGAAUAAAUUAUUUCAGCUUACGUAAAGUAUGUACUGCACUUUAUCCAUUACUUAGACCACAUGCUCGAGUGGUGCAUGUUUCUAGCAGUGCUGGACGUCUUUGCAACAUUACUGGUGGUGUAUUGAAGAAGAGAUUAUCUGAUCCGAAUCUAACCGAAGCAGAAUUAGAUAAAAUUAUGCAUGAAUUUGUCAAGGCUGCAAAAUCUGAUGCACAUAUACAAGCUGGCUGGUCAAAUUCAGCAUAUGUGGCAAGCAAAAUUGGAGUAUCUGCUUUAGCUGGUAUUCAUCAAUCUAUGUUUAACGUGGAUUCCCGAAAAGAUAUCGCAGUCAAUGCAGUACAUCCUGGCUAUGUAGAUACAGAUAUGACUAAUCAUAAAGGACCUCUGACACCAGAUGAAGGAGCUGUAGCACCUGUUUAUUGUGCUUUAUUACCAGAAAAUACAGAAAUAAAGGGAAAAUAUAUCUGGUAACAGGGGCAAACAAAGGUAUCGGUUAUGCUAUUGUCAGAUCCCUUUGUCAACAAUACGAUGGGAAUGUUUACUUAACGGCUCGCGAUGUUACUCGUGGCUUGAAUGCUGUCAGUGAAUUGGCGAAACAAGGAUUGAAUCCGAAAUUCCAUCAAUUAGAUAUCAGCGAUGAUGAG